CCGCCGGCUUCAUGUCGCUCGCGUUACGUAUUGCUCACGCUUCGCUCUGCUCUUUGGUUUUCUCCUCUCCUUCCGCCUCGGGCUAGCUUGUCGCUCCCGAGUGACAUCCCACUUCCUUUCCGGCCCGAGCUCUCGGCGUGUGUGGAGGGUAUUUUGGUUGCACGUCACUUGUGGUGAGUGAUCUGGAAACACAGGAUGCAGAACGACGCUGGGGAAUUUGUGGAUCUCUAUGUGCCUCGUAAGUGCUCUGCGAGCAACCGGAUAAUUGGUGCUAAAGACCAUGCUUCUAUACAAAUAAAUAUCUCUGAGGUUGAUAAAGUAACAGGCAGAGUCAAUGGCCAGUUCAAAACAUACGCAAUUUGUGGAGCAAUUCGUAGGAUGGGGGAAUCUGAUGACUCUAUUCUGCGCCUGGCAAAAAAUGAUGGUAUUGUUUCCAAGAAUUUUUAACCGAAGAAACACCAGGCUUUGGAAUUUAUUAUGAAAUAAAACUGUUAGACAACA